AUGGCCGCUAGAAGAGGGAGCUUCUCACUACUGGCGAGCGGAGGGUCCAGACUUGUCUGGAAGGCCUAUGCUCUUGCGCUACAAACCCACAUGACAACACAAGACGACCUUGACAACUCCUCCAAGGCCAUCUUUGUAGCUGCUCCAGGUUUGUAUGACAUCCCUGCGGGUGAGGUUGCUCCUCAAGAGAUCACCAAUGCUCGUCUUUUCCGCCGAGCCGACCCUUUACAGGAUACUCGAUCCCCAUUCUACAGUGAUGAUGGUUAUAGCUACUUCGAUACCCGCCGCAAAUACCUCGAGAAUAUCCACGACGAUGCCGUGAAUCAUUCCGACGUCUGUGGCUCCAUCUCGAAGCUCCGUUCAGAUGUCCAGCAGGCACAGGACAGAACUGCAGAAGCAUAUUUAAGGAAUCUUGAUCUAUACCACAAAAGCAUAGCUAUCGCAGGGUCGGGACUGGCCAGCUUCGAGGCCUGGGCUGACAAGUUCGGGGUAUACUAUGCUUGGGCAAAGAGCGAACAGGAUCGGCUCGAGGGGGAACACAAACUUGCCUCGGCUAGAACAUCUAGCAGUGUUGGACUGGCAGUAGCCGCAUUCGAUCUGGCACAGGACACUUCGACAUUAAGACUAUGGCAAGGCAUCACCUUCACGGCUUCUACCGAUACUGAUGAUCGUUACACAGGAGCAAUAUGCCAUGUGCGGACAUGGAAAUACCAUCUUCAAUGGGACAUGCACAAUCUCCCUUCACCACUGUACUCAAUCAACGGGGUUGACCGGAGAGUUGACUCUUGGGUCGACGCCCGAGAUGGAGGCCGCGAAGAGGUCCGCUUAGAUCUCGACAUUGCAGGUGCCAAGAAGACUCCUUGGGUCAACCUUGGGUUCCCGAAUUUGGAUACCGAUCCUUCAUACGACACCAAUUUGGACAGCCCCGACGUGAAGCUCUCACUCAAGGCUGGAGGCCUACAAGCUUUUGAUGUUGAUCGGGGGUUUUGGGUCGAGAUCAGAAUUACAGAUACGCACGGCCUGAAGACUGUAGUUCCCGACGCUUUGCUCAGCAGUGAUGGCGGAGAAAAGAGUAUCUUGGGAAUGCAUACUGGCCAAUGCACCGUUGACGAGGAUGAUGGAGAAGUUGUUGUCGCCAGUGCUCCCAGUGGAUUUCCUGCUGUGCUGGCCGUACUGGGACGAGAGAUUUAG